AUGUAAGUUGCAUUUAGUGUUAUUUGUGUUGGAUUAGAUAAUGCAGGUAAAACUAGUCUAUUACGUACACUCUCUAAUAGUUAAAGAAUGGAAAUAUUCCCAACACCAACUAUGGAGAUUCAUUAUGUGAUUUGUCCAAAAAUAGGAAAAUAUUGUUUAGUUUAUGAUAUGUCUGGUAAUGGUCGUCAUAGAUCAAAUUGGAGAAUUCUUUAUUAAGAUAUAUAAGCAAUGAUAUAUGUAAUUGAUACAAGUGAUACAGAAUAUAGGUAUUAUUAUUCAAAUUUAUAUGAUUAGAUUUCAUUUAUAAAGACAUCUAAUUGAAGAAGUACUUAAUGAUGAUUUAAUUAAAAAAAGUGCAAUUCCAAUAUUAUUCUUAUUCAAUAAGAAUGAUAAAAAAAAUAGAUUCAAUAAAGAUGAUCUAAUAAAAGUAUUAGGUUUAGAUUCAAAGAAAUUCAAAAAUAAAUUCAUUUUUAAAGAAACAUCAAGUUUUGAAAUUUCAAAAUUAAAAGAAGCAAUUGAUAAUCUAACUGAUGCUCUCUUUAGUAAAAAAUAAUGA